AAUCAUUGCUAGUGAGUGUUUUUGUAGCUCUCUUCAUUUGGCUUCGUCAAAUCCAGCCCAAGAUACCAGAGAAGACAUGUCAAUAUUUGGUUUAUAUCAGCAGCAGAAUGAUAUGGAGAUUUGGAAGCAUGUUGAAAAUCCCAUCUACCUCUUCAGAAUCAACUCUGUCUGGGUGGUUAGUGAUAUCAAGACUGGAGAUCACAACUACAACCUGGAGAUCAACGAUCUCAACUCUAAUCCAAAGAUCAAAGAUCUCCACUCCAACCAGGAGAUCAAAGAUUCCUACUUCAAUCUAAAGAGCAAAUUUCUCAAAUCCAACAAGAAAAUCAAAGAUCUUAACGCCACUCUUGAAAAUGGAGAUCUUAACGCCACUCUUGAAAUUGGAGAUCUUAAACCUAACUUUAAGUUGGGAAACCUUAGUCGACCAACUCCUGUAAGGCUCAUCAAUAGAUUGAACACUAGUUAUCCCGGUAAUUUAUCAUCUGGUUGGAACUAUAUUCAUCAAAAUAACAUGAGUUCAGAGAUAGAACUAAUGCCAGCUGUUAAUAUCCAUAUAACCUGCUGCAGUGAUAUAAGGUGAGCCAAUUUAUCAUCU